AUGUUUGUUGUAGCAUCAGUGAUCAUCCCACUCCUUGGACUUACAGGCAUCCUGGCAACAGAAGCGGAAUUCAUUCCAUGCACGGAUGAUGACAAGGUAUAUGAUGUCAAACUGCAUGUGCAUCUAGACGGAGGAGCAAUCGAUGCAAUACAUGACGUCAUCAAACAUCAAAAAAAACAAGAACAACAAGAAAGGCGAGAAGAUGGACAGGAAAUAGAAGAGACUGUACCGGAAAUAGAAGAAGAAAAGGCCAUUGAGGAAUAUCUGUACAAGGGCUUCUUACAGCCAUAUAAUGAUUUUGCAUUCAAGUAUAACAUCUUGUUUGAUAUGGAUUUAACUAAUUACGAUGCAAAUUCGCUACUUAACAAUAAAUUUGACCGCUCGUGCGAGAUUUACGAUCCUUUGGAACAAAGAAAUGGAAUUGCGUACAAUAAGCAGGUUGAAGAAGUCAUGGGUGGGAAUACAGGAGUGCAUAUAUGGAUAUGGAGCUGUCCAAGCAGAACACGAAUGAUGUCUGGUAAUUUUUCUAUCGCUUCAAAUCCGAAUGGAUGCGGAAGAUCUGUGUCAGUCAUGUGGGAUGGCACAGAAAAAACAAUCGAUUACAUAAUGGAAGGUCUGACAGAGGCAAUUUCUGGAGAGAAAGCAAUAUUCUCAAAUGGAAAGGCGCCUACAAGCGAUCAAACAAUGGCUUUUUCUAAGACAUGUAGUUAUGUUUAUGGAUGUAUACCUGUAAACGAUUCUAUCAAUGGAAAAGUGAACUUUGAGCCUUUAGAUUAA